GCUGACAACUCUGCCCAGCUUGUAUUGGCCUCUCAAAGCGUUUUGAUCAAGGUCUCCUUCAUUGGAGAAAAUGGAAUAGACCAAGGUGCUCUUCGUAAAGAGUUCCUUACCGAAAUGGUGUGUGGAAUUGAAGCACGUUUUUUUGAAGGAGAUGGGGAAAGGGGCAAUAACCCUAAAUACAGUAUCUGUGACUACCAGGACAAGAAUUUCAAGUAUGUGCCACAGUCUUUCAUAAAAUAUGACUUUGGAUUGUUUAAUUUGUUAGUAAAAGUCCACUGCCAUUUUGUUCAAAAUAGCUUUUGUCUUUGUUGCCAAAGGACUUGUGGGGAGAUUUUUGCCACAAGUUUGGUGCAGGGGGGUCCUGCACCAAACUUCCUUACAAGAUGGUGCUACCAUUUCUUGUGCCAUGGGGAGAUGGACAAGGAUGUUGGUGUACUCGAAGUCACCGAUCAGGAUCUUAAAAAUCUGAUGAAAGAGGUGGAAAAUGCUGAAGGUGGAGAAAGGCCGAUAGACUUAUCAGAUGCGAUUUUAGCAUUUGGCUACACUGGGCCAAUAAAUGUUGACCAAAAAAAGGCCAUCAUAGAUGCCAUCGCUUUGCAUGCACUGGUGAGGCUGAUCCCAAUCUUGAACCAGAAGGAUUGAGGCUCUACGGAUUAGAUGAGGUGUUAGCGCACCACACCGAGAUGUGCCAGCAGCUCUUUGUCCCCGGCCACUUACAGGAAGUGAAUGCAGACUUCCCUCUGCUUGCGCUUUCUCCUGAUUUCAGUGAGGAGGGGUCUGUGAGACGGCAGCGAGAGAUGCGGAUCAUCAACUUUCUGCAGGAUUUCUUGCAAAAGUUGGAAGACAGAGAAGCAGACAGCCAAGAAGAGAGCAGCCCUGACGGUGAAAAUCAUGUGGCAGUUGUGCAGGGAAACAAUGAUGGGGGGGGAAGCGCCUGUCAGUCAGGAGCUUCCUUCAGUGGGUCACAGGGCAGGCACACUUUCCACUGAUUGAAUCCAAGAGAGAGGCGUUCAAGAUAUCCGUUAGUUUUGACCAUGACUGCGACUCCCGCUAUGGGGCACAUAGUCUUUGUUACCCCAUUGUCAAUGCUUGUGCAGUUGCCAUUACAUUUCCUACACGCCAUUUAGCCACCUCCCACGAGUUUGAAAACAACCUAAUUGAGGCAAUCUGUGGUGGUUUCGAGUUCAGCAGGCACUAAGGUAGC